AUGGCUUCCACUGACUCUAGAGGAAGGCGAAGCAUCGAGAAACGGGUUCGCACUAGUAGUUCUAUCGAUGCAGACUCUUUGGCACCGUCUUCGGAGCCUCCAGCGGACAUGGCACGACCAAACAAGCGAGCGAGAAAUUACGGUCUAAUGACUCAAACACAAGACUCCUCGCAAGCCCUCAAUGGCGAGGAUGCAAAUGCAUCAAACUGGCUUCUUCCAGGCUACAUCAAAUGCGUAAGGCUGCGUGAUUUCAUGUGUCACAAGAAUUUCCAUCUAAAACUUGGUAGUAAGCUAAACUUCAUCAUUGGAAGCAACGGAAGCGGCAAAAGUGCCAUUUUGACCGCAAUCACCGUUGGACUCGGUGCAAAAGCUACAGACACAAGCCGAGGGUCAAAUUUGAAGGAGUUCAUUAGGGAAGGCUGUUCUUCGGCCAGAGUAGAAAUUGUUCUGAGUAACGAAGGCUUUGGGAGUUACGGAAAGGAUACCUACGGUUCCGAAAUAACAAUAGCGCGAACAAUAAAAAAAGACGGUCCCGCUGCUUUCGCCAUUAAAGAUGAGAGUGGCAGGAUCGUGUCUACCAAAAGGCGCGAUUUGCAGGCCAUAACAGACCACUUCUCCAUCCCCGUGAUGAACCCAAUGUGUUUUCUCUCCCAGGAUGCAGCCAGGUCUUUCUUAACCGCGAGCACACCAGCAGAUAAGUACAAACACUUCAUGCGAGCAACCCUUCUGGAAGACACGGAGGCUAACCUACAAAAAGCCGAAGAUACUUCACAAAAAGCCGAGGACUACUUGAUAUUCCAUGCAAAAAGUGUAAAAGUACUACGAAAAGAAUAUGAGGACUCAAGACGUUUGCUGGAAGGAUUACGCGGAAAUCAGGAAUUGAGCAGGCGUAAAAAACACUUGCAAGGUAGGCUUCUAUGGCUGAGCAUUGCUGAAAAUGAGAAGAAGCUUCACAAACUGCAGAAAAAUGGCGCUGAUUACCAAGAAAAGAUAGAUGAGCUCGAUAGAAAUCAAAGUCGAGUCGAAAACAAGAUCGAGCGUUACAAUGUGGAUCAAUCUGCAUCAGAGGAGGAUCUGAUGAACGCACAGACCAAAUUACAAGAAAAAAAACAGAUUGCUGAAGAUGUGCGGUCUAAAUUAAAUCAGAUCAAGCUAGAUUACGAAGCUCAAAUACGUAAUCGUACUGAAACAGAGACACUUGUCGAGCAAGCAAAGUGCAAAAUUCGGAACUGCAACAACAACAUAAACCAUCUCGAAGAACAACUCAGACGACAGGCAGGUGGCGAUAAAAAGGGAAUUGAACGAAAGCUAACAGAUCUACAAAAUGAAAUGGCCCUAAAGGAUGAGAGCUUGUUGCAAUAUAGUGAACAACUGCGAACGGCGAUGGGGGAGGCAAAAGAACUUAAAUCAAAUGCGGAGAAGACCAAGGAAGACAAGGAGAGAACAAUUUCUUUUAAGCAAAGAGAACUCCAAAACGUCAUUAGCGGUAAACAGAACUUCUUGUUCAAUUUUGACCCUAAGAUGGACAAAGUUGUGCAAGUUAUAAAGAGGCAGCAGUUCUCAGUUCCACCGAUCGGACCUUUGGGCGCGUACGUGACUGUAAAGCCAGAUUUCAGAGAGUGGACAAAGUGCAUUCAGGCAUAUCUUGGCAAUAAUCUAGGAGCGUUCGUCGUGGCCAAUGGACGCGAUAGCGAUCUUCUAAAAAAAAUCCUAAAUAGCCAUGGGCUGAAACAUCGACCAAACAUCAUAACACGUAAAUUCGAAGAAUUUGAUUACAGCCGCGGGAAGCCUAAAAUUGGAUACCCUACUAUUGUUGAUGCUCUGGAGUUUUCUGCCGGUACUGAGUUUGUACUGGUCGAUGUCAGCAGUAUAGAAAAGAUCCUGCUCAUUAAGAACAAGGAUGAAGCAAUGGAAGUGCUACGUUCUUCCCAAAACGCUAACGUGAAUAGAGCGCUGUCAAUUAUAAAAGAAAAUAGGUUUCUCUAUUUUCUGUCAACCAAGAGCCAGAACUCAUUAAAAUACAGAGGACCACUCAGAAUGAUGACGAAAAAUUCAUCAGAUGAUGACAUAUCUUACUUGAAGCGCAGCAUUCAUGAUGAUGAAAGAGGAUUGGCUGAAUUCAUCGAGCUGAAUAGGCGGCAACUUGCGGAGACACAGGACCAAAUAAACAGCAUUUUGGAUGAAAUAUCCUCUAUAAAAUCCUCAAUAACUGAAAUGGGCAGACGUGAAGCAUCCUUACGCAUUGAACUUGAAACAGAAAUAGACAUGGGGGCUAUUGAACAGAUGCAGGAUGAGAAGCGAUCCUACGAAGAGGCAAUUUCCAGUUAUUCCCUUACAAUCGAAGAAAUUAACGACCGGCUAGGAAGUAUCAAUCGAGAGGCACAGCAUUUGAGACAGAGCUUGAGUGAAGCGAGGUCUCAGGUUCAGGAGUCCGAAUCUUCUUUGCAAGCGUUGAAGGACUCGUGCUCUUUAAGGGAUUCGAAUUUGUCAAAACUGCGCGAAGACGAUCGACGCUACACACAAGAACUUCAAAGGUAUAAAGAACAUUUAGAGGAAAAUCGACGGAAGCAGGACGAAUUCAAUGCAGGUAUCCAGCGCCAAAUUCCCGAUGCCGUUGUGUUCUGUUCCCGAGCGAUCGCUUUCGGUGAAGGAAUGCCGGAAACAAAAGAGGAUACGAAUGCCGAACUGGAGGAAGUAUCCCACAGGAUUCAGGAUGCUGAAAGAAGAGCAGGGAUUUCUCAGGAUCAGGUUUAUGAGUUAUUUCAAAAGGCCAAAAUGAAAAAAGAGGACGCAGAGAGAAAAUACUCGGAAGUAGAUAAUUUGAUCCGGCACCUCAAGAAGUCUUUAGAGAAGCGUGGAAUGACACUGAAUCUGGCGAGAGCCGACACUUACCUGAAUGCAGAUACAGACUUCAGGAAUUCACUGCAAGAAAGAAAUUUUUCAGGUAGUCUAGACUUCGAUUAUGAUGAAAAGACCUUGAAUAUGCUGAUGAAGACUCCAAACGACGAUUGUCCUCGUAAUGUAGACACAUUUUCUGGUGGGGAGAAGUCUUUCGCACAGACAUCACUCCUGCUGGCUACCUGGAGACCCAUGCGGUCGAGAAUAAUUGCACUGGAUGAAUUCGAUGUUUACAUGGACCAAGUCAAUCGGCGAGAAGGAACGAAACUGAUCGUUUCGAAAUAUUCUCGAGACGAAAGAACUCAAACAAUUAUCAUCACACCGCAGGAUAUUGGCAAAAUGGCUAAUCUCGAUAAUCCCGAAAUAUUUAUCCACAAAAUGAGCGAUCCUGAGAGGCGCAACAAUUCAAGCUAG